AUGGCUGGCCCAUUCGCCUUCACCCUCCUCUGUGGUUUGCUGUCAACUACUUUGGCUGAAACCACCCUCAACCCCCCUGCAGUGCUUAGCCUCAGCCGAGAAGUCAUCAAAGAAAGGCUGACACAGGAGCUGAAGGACCACAACGCCAUCGACAUCCUCCAGAAGCUGCCACUGCUCAGCAGCAUACGGGAGAAGCCAGCUGGGGGCAUCCCCAUACUAGGCAAUGUGGUGAACUCCAUCCUGAACCACAUCAUCUGGUUGAAAGUCACCUCAGCCAACAUCCUGCAGCUGCAGGUGGAACCCUCAGAUGAAGGCCAGGCGCUGACGGUCAAGAUCCCCCUGGACAUGGUGGCUGGACUCAACACGCCCCUGGUCAAGACCAUCGUGGAGAUGCACAUGGAAACAGAGGUCCAAGCCAUCAUCCGAGUGAACACCAAUGAGAGGGGCCACGCCCACCUCGUCCUCGCUGACUGCUCCACUAGCCAGGGGAGCCUGCGCAUCAGCCUGCUGCAUAAGCUCUCCUUCCUGGUCAACUCCUUAGCCAACACGGUCAUGGACCUCCUGGUGCCAGCCCUGCCCAAACUGGUGAAAAUUCAGCUAUGUCCCGUGCUCGAGGCAGCCUUUGAGGACAUGCAUGCAGACCUCGUGAACUUGCUGAGGGUGCCUAUUUCCUUCAGCUCUGACCGCCUGGAGUUUGACCCUCUGUCUCCUGCCAUCAAGGGUAAUGUCAUCCAACUCAAGCUGGGGGCCAAGUUGUCAGACUUCCAGGGAAAUGUGACCAAGUGGUUCAAUGAGUCUGCAGUUUCCCUAACGGUCCCCUACCUGGACACCACCCCUUUCAGCCUCACCGUGAGGCAGGAUGUGGUGAAUGCUGUGGUAGCUUCCUUGCUCCCUCCAGAUGAACUCGUAGUCCUGGUGGACUAUGUGCUUCCUGAGCUGGCCCGCCGGUUGAAGUCAAACAUCAAGACGAUCAGUGAGAAGGCUGCAGAUCAGCUGGGACCCACACAGAUGGUGAAGAUCCUGACUCAGGAGACCCCAGAGCUCCUUCUGGACCAGGGUAGCCCCAAGGUGGCCCAACUGAUAGUGCUGGAAGUGUUCGCCACCAAUGAAGCCCGCCGCCCCUUCUUUACCCUGGGCAUUGAAGCCAGCUCAGAAGCUCAGUUUUACACCAAAGGUGACCGACUUAUGCUCAACUUAAAUGAAAUCAGCUCUGAUCGGAUCCACUUGAUGAACUCAGGCAUUGGCCUGUUCAACCCUGAAGUUUUAGAAAACAUCACCACUGAGAUCCUCAUCUCCGUCCUACUGCCAAACGAGAACGGCAAAUUAAGAUCCGGAAUCCCCAUAUCAAUUGUGAAGGCCUGGGGAUUCGAGGGAGCUUCAUGCUUUCUUACCAAGGAUGCCCUUGUGGUCACCCCAGCCUCCUCAUAG